AUGGGACAUUGCUUGCUUUCUAGUGAUGAGCUUGUGACCUAUGCUGAAGCUUCAUGAGAGGAAGCAUGGAGGAAGGCUAUGAGAGAUGAGAUGGAAGCUAUAGAUCAAAGUCAAACUUGGGAGUUAGUCACAACCCCAACUAGUUGCAGGCCAAUUGGGCUUAAGUGGAUCUUUGAGCUCAAGAAGAAUGCUCGAGGAGAAGUUUUGAGACACAAGGCAAGACCUGUUGUAAAGGGUUACUUAAAGAAGCAAGGCAUAGACUAUGAUGAGAUAUUUGCUCCAGUGGUUCAAUUUGAGACAAUUUGUGUGCUGAUUACAAUUUCAGCUCAAAAUAGUUGGGCAUUACAUCAUCUAGAUGUGAAAUCUGCCUUUCUAAAUGGAGAUGUGGAUGAAGAGCUACAUCUCAAGUAACUUGAGGGAUUUAUUGUGAAGGAUAAAAAGGGUUGUGUUCUGAAGCUGAAGAAAGCCCCACGUGUAUGGUAUUUCAAACUGCAUAAUUGCUUAGUCUCACUCGGUUUCAAGAGAAGCAAACAUGAGUAAGUUGUCUACUUGAAGUCUUCAAAUAGAGUUCACUUGAUCAUCGAAGUCUAUGUGGAUGAUCUUAUUGUCAUAGGUGAGAAUGAUAGUGACAUUAGUGAGUUCAAAGGUCAAAUAAAACAUUUCUUUGAGAUGAGUGACAUCGGGCACCUUUGCUCUUAUUUGGGCAUUGAAAUGGUUCAAAAAGAAGCUUGCAUUACUUUGUUUUAGAGAACUUAUGCGCUAACAAUACUGGAUUUUGCAAAGAUGGGCGAUUGUAAUCCAAUGCAAGCUCCACUUGAAGCUAGAGUCAAAUUUAGUCAAUCAAAUUCAGGGCCAUCAGUUGACUCUACCUACUUUCGAAGCCUCAUUGGAAGCUUAAGGUAUUUGACUCACACCCAUCCUGAUUUGACAUAUUUUGUGGGAUUUCUGAGUAGGUUUAUGGAGCACCCUACUUCAAAACAUCUCACGGCGAUCAAGUGAGUUUUGAGGUACCUAAAAGGUACUAUUCACUAUGAUUUAGUCUAUGAAAAAAGACAGACAGGGGCAAAAUUAAUUGGCUACAGUGAUAACAAUUUUACUAGUGUUGUGCAAGACAGGAAAAGCACCUCAGGGCAGGUCUUUUUCCUUGGUAAAAUGGUGAUUAACUGGGCUUCAUAAAAGAAAAAUUCAGUAGCCUUAUCUUCGUGUGAAGUGGAGUAUAUUGCUGCUCUUACUACUGCAUGUCAGGGCGUGUGGCUAAAUCGUCUCAUUAGCGAAUUAAGAAGAGUAGAAGAGGGGAGUAUGAAACUCCUUGUAGAUAACAAAUCUACCAUUAUCCUAAGCAAGAAUCCGGUGCAUUAUACCGGAAUGAAGCACAUUGACAUUCGUUUUCACUUUAUUCGUCAGUGUGUAGAAGACAAGAAGAUCUCAGUGGACUAUGUGAAGACAGAGGAUCAGCUGACAGAUAUCCUCACCAAGUCACUGGGAAAACUAAAAUUUGUGGAGAUGUGAGAGCGCCUGGGAUCAAGGAUGUCCAUAUGGAGGAGCUGGAGCAAGGAGGAGAUUGAAGGGCUUGAUCCAGCCCCAUCGUGCACCGCCGUGGAUUGUCGUCUCCGGCAAAUUCUCUGGCGAGACUGAUUUGGGCGUUUUCCUUCUUUCGGGUGAUUAUUUUCUGUUUGCAGGAUUGAUCGGGGGCCGUCCAUCAUCAGGAGUUAUAACGGCGAGGAUGGUGCCACCUCGGACACCAAGCCAGCUCAGUCAGGAGUUAGUUGCGUGCUCUCUCUCUCCUACGACGAUUGGCUCCCCUAUAUAAUGGGCUGUGUUCGACGUAUUGACAUGCGGAACAUUCUCUCCUACGACGAUUUCUCCUUCUUGAUUCUUCCUUUAUCCGGAAGUUCUUGGAGCGGAUCUAGCUUUGCGAAGCCAACACCCAUCUCUGGUGCAGGCUCGCCACUACAUCAUCGAACCAGAAAAUUUAAAAUCCCAGAUUCUUCCCCGAUCUGGAAUUAAUUUUUUAAAUGACGGAAGAAUAUAUAACCGUGCUCGUAAACACUAACCGCUGGCCCUGCCAAUGAUGAAGAUUUAAGAGAGCGAAAUAGUAGAAACCGGAAAAGAUAAGACGGCGAAGGAGUCGGUAAGCAACUCACCUUCCUGCGAACGGUGAGAAUACAGUCGCCGCAGGGUCCCAGAAGGACGACCUCGUCUCUCGCCGGAGCUCGCCUCCCCAUGACGUGGUGAGAAUCGUAGUCAUACGAGUCCACCCGAAACACAAGCUCCCCCAUCUCCUCCCCCUCACUUACUUUCCCCUCGCUCAGAUGGCGAUCCCCGUCUGGACUCUCGACGUGUCGCCGACGGUGGUGCUCAUAGACCGGGAAUCCAUCGCCUGGGUAGAAGAGGGACGUCUUCUGUACCGUCAGCUGCCUCUCCUCGGAGGCCAGACAGAACCUUUCUGCCACGAUCGGAACCACGGCAUCGGAUCGCCUUCUCGCCCCUCUCACUAUUUGCCCCGGCCAUCACUCUCGAGUUCAGCUCGACAAUACCAAAAGCAGAGAGAGAGAGAGAGAGAGCUCAUGUGGAUCGUAUUCGUGGAGCAAGGACGUCGACGAGGCAUACUACUAUCCUCAGGUUUCUGACGCGUGGCAAACGGCAUCUACCAGCCACGUCGGCCCGCGACAGUGACAUCGCUCGCCCAGAAGAAACCAACCAAGAAUGUACGCUUCGGUAGUGUGCGAGUCCCCUCCCCACACCCGUAACAGUCUGCGCUAGAGGGCGAGUGGUGGCGCAUGCGUUGGGUGAAUGAAGAAGCACUCUAUGGGUGAAUGAAGAAACAACAUCUGGCUUUGUCAGAUUUAGGGACAAUUUCCAUGUGAAAAUCCAUUGCUGAGACAAUGUGGUGGUUCUUCGGUAAGAUGGGGAGCAAAUUCACUUUGGUAAUGUUCUCUUUGUCCCUAAAUUAUGUGCUAAUAUUCUCAGUCUGGGCAGACUUGAUGAAGGAUGCAAGAUGAUCACGCAUGGGGGACGCUUGACCAUUUAUGACUAGGAUGGAGCACUCCUAGCAGAAGUUCAUCGCACGGAAGGGUGGCUCUAUUUACUCAAGCUCAAAAUGGAAGAAGAGUGUUUACUCACUAAAGAGGAUGAGAAUUCAAGUCGACUGUGGCACCGAAGGUUUGGCCAUUUGACUUUUCAUUCAUUAAGGGAAAUGUCGAGUAGAGCACUAGUGGAGGGACUUCCACUGAUUAGGGUACUUGAUCACAUCUGCCGAAGUUGCUUAGUAGGCAAGCAAUCUCGCACUCCAUUCCUUAAAGCAUCUGCUUACAGAGCUACUGAACCUCUUGAGUUGGUGUUAGCGAACAUCUAUGGCCCAAUUAGCCCACCCACAUUAGGGGGAAGCCAGUAUUUCCUCCUCAUUGUUGAUGACUGCUCGAGGCUAAUGUGGGUGGCUAUGCUCAAGCAUAAAUUUGAAGCAUUUAGUCAAUUUAAGAAGUUCAAAAUGCUGGCUGAAGCUGAGAAGGGGACAAAGCUCAAGUGUCUUUAGAUAGACAAAGGUAGAGAAUUUAAUUUUGAUGAAUUUAAUUCUUUUUGUACUUCUUAGGGCAUCAAAUGGCAGUUGACUGCCCCCUACUCCCAACAGCAAAAUGGAGUUGUGUAAAGAAAGAAUUGGACAAUUAUGUCCUUAGUCCGGAGCAUGUUGAAGGAAAAAGCACUACCUCAAGAAUUAUGGGGAGAGGCUGUAAGUACGGUAGUUUAUCUUCUUAAUCAGUCGUCUACUCACAAUCUGCAGAUGUUGACCCUUAAUGACAAGUGGAAUGGCAAAAAGCCCUCAAUUUAGCAUUUACAAGUGUUUGGCUUAAUUGUUCAUGUGAAAUGCACUAAAUCUCCACAAAAAAAGCUUGAAGAUUGCAGCACCCCUAUGGUGUUCAUAGGCUAUGAAGUUAGCUCAAAGGCUUACCGCUGCUUUGACCCGGUCAACGAUACAGUCCAUAUCAGCCGAGAUGUUGUUUUUGAAGAAGAUGCUCAGUGGAAUUGGGAAAAAAGAGGUGAGAAUAUUCUUGAGCUCACAUUUUUUCCUAAUUUUUUCUGCUGACCAAGGGAUGGAUGAGCCAAUUGUCCUCGAGGAUGAAGAUGAAGAGAGAGACUCUGAGACUUAAGAGUCAUUUCCGGUCGCACACUCGGAUUCUGAAGAAAUUCAACCUGCAAGAUUCAAGUCCUUAGCUAAAUUGUAUAGUGAGACCGGCCCAAUACGCUAUGAGAUGGGACAUUGCUUGCUUUCUAGUGAUGAGCUUGUGACCUAUGCUGAAGCUUCAUGAGAGGAAGCAUGGAGGAAGGCUAUGAGAGAUGAGAUGGAAGCUAUAGAUCAAAGUCAAACUUGGGAGUUAGUCACAACCCCAACUAGUUGCAGGCCAAUUGGGCUUAAGUGGAUCUUUGAGCUCAAGAAGAAUGCUCGAGGAGAAGUUUUGAGACACAAGGCAAGACCUGUUGUAAAGGGUUACUUAAAGAAGCAAGGCAUAGACUAUGAUGAGAUAUUUGCUCCAGUGGUUCAAUUUGAGACAAUUUGUGUGCUGAUUACAAUUUCAGCUCAAAAUAGUUGGGCAUUACAUCAUCUAGAUGUGAAAUCUGCCUUUCUAAAUGGAGAUGUGGAUGAAGAGCUACAUCUCAAGUAACUUGAGGGAUUUAUUGUGAAGGAUAAAAAGGGUUGUGUUCUGAAGCUGAAGAAAGCCCCACGUGUAUGGUAUUUCAAACUGCAUAAUUGCUUAGUCUCACUCGGUUUCAAGAGAAGCAAACAUGAGUAAGUUGUCUACUUGAAGUCUUCAAAUAGAGUUCACUUGAUCAUCGAAGUCUAUGUGGAUGAUCUUAUUGUCAUAGGUGAGAAUGAUAGUGACAUUAGUGAGUUCAAAGGUCAAAUAAAACAUUUCUUUGAGAUGAGUGACAUCGGGCACCUUUGCUCUUAUUUGGGCAUUGAAAUGGUUCAAAAAGAAGCUUGCAUUACUUUGUUUUAGAGAACUUAUGCGCUAACAAUACUGGAUUUUGCAAAGAUGGGCGAUUGUAAUCCAAUGCAAGCUCCACUUGAAGCUAGAGUCAAAUUUAGUCAAUCAAAUUCAGGGCCAUCAGUUGACUCUACCUACUUUCGAAGCCUCAUUGGAAGCUUAAGGUAUUUGACUCACACCCAUCCUGAUUUGACAUAUUUUGUGGGAUUUCUGAGUAGGUUUAUGGAGCACCCUACUUCAAAACAUCUCACGGCGAUCAAGUGAGUUUUGAGGUACCUAAAAGGUACUAUUCACUAUGAUUUAGUCUAUGAAAAAAGACAGACAGGGGCAAAAUUAAUUGGCUACAGUGAUAACAAUUUUACUAGUGUUGUGCAAGACAGGAAAAGCACCUCAGGGCAGGUCUUUUUCCUUGGUAAAAUGGUGAUUAACUGGGCUUCAUAAAAGAAAAAUUCAGUAGCCUUAUCUUCGUGUGAAGUGGAGUAUAUUGCUGCUCUUACUACUGCAUGUCAGGGCGUGUGGCUAAAUCGUCUCAUUAGCGAAUUAAGAAGAGUAGAAGAGGGGAGUAUGAAACUCCUUGUAGAUAACAAAUCUACCAUUAUCCUAAGCAAGAAUCCGGUGCAUUAUACCGGAAUGAAGCACAUUGACAUUCGUUUUCACUUUAUUCGUCAGUGUGUAGAAGACAAGAAGAUCUCAGUGGACUAUGUGAAGACAGAGGAUCAGCUGACAGAUAUCCUCACCAAGUCACUGGGAAAACUAAAAUUUGUGGAGAUGUGAGAGCGCCUGGGAUCAAGGAUGUCCAUAUGGAGGAGCUGGAGCAAGGAGGAGAUUGAAGGGCUUGAUCCAGCCCCAUCGUGCACCGCCGUGGAUUGUCGUCUCCGGCAAAUUCUCUGGCGAGACUGAUUUGGGCGUUUUCCUUCUUUCGGGUGAUUAUUUUCUGUUUGCAGGAUUGAUCGGGGGCCGUCCAUCAUCAGGAGUUAUAACGGCGAGGAUGGUGCCACCUCGGACACCAAGCCAGCUCAGUCAGGAGUUAGUUGCGUGCUCUCUCUCUCCUACGACGAUUGGCUCCCCUAUAUAAUGGGCUGUGUUCGACGUAUUGACAUGCGGAACAUUCUCUCCUACGACGAUUUCUCCUUCUUGAUUCUUCCUUUAUCCGGAAGUUCUUGGAGCGGAUCUAGCUUUGCGAAGCCAACACCCAUCUCUGGUGCAGGCUCGCCACUACAUCAUCGAACCAGAAAAUUUAAAAUCCCAGAUUCUUCCCCGAUCUGGAAUUAAUUUUUUAAAUGACGGAAGAAUAUAUAACCGUGCUCGUAAACACUAACCGCUGGCCCUGCCAAUGAUGAAGAUUUAAGAGAGCGAAAUAGUAGAAACCGGAAAAGAUAAGACGGCGAAGGAGUCGGUAAGCAACUCACCUUCCUGCGAACGGUGAGAAUACAGUCGCCGCAGGGUCCCAGAAGGACGACCUCGUCUCUCGCCGGAGCUCGCCUCCCCAUGACGUGGUGAGAAUCGUAGUCAUACGAGUCCACCCGAAACACAAGCUCCCCCAUCUCCUCCCCCUCACUUACUUUCCCCUCGCUCAGAUGGCGAUCCCCGUCUGGACUCUCGACGUGUCGCCGACGGUGGUGCUCAUAGACCGGGAAUCCAUCGCCUGGGUAGAAGAGGGACGUCUUCUGUACCGUCAGCUGCCUCUCCUCGGAGGCCAGACAGAACCUUUCUGCCACGAUCGGAACCACGGCAUCGGAUCGCCUUCUCGCCCCUCUCACUAUUUGCCCCGGCCAUCACUCUCGAGUUCAGCUCGACAAUACCAAAAGCAGAGAGAGAGAGAGAGAGAGCUCAUGUGGAUCGUAUUCGUGGAGCAAGGACGUCGACGAGGCAUACUACUAUCCUCAGGUUUCUGACGCGUGGCAAACGGCAUCUACCAGCCACGUCGGCCCGCGACAGUGACAUCGCUCGCCCAGAAGAAACCAACCAAGAAUGUACGCUUCGGUAGUGUGCGAGUCCCCUCCCCACACCCGUAACAGUCUGCGCUAGAGGGCGAGUGGUGGCGCAUGCGUUGGGUGAAUGAAGAAGCACUCUAUGGGUGAAUGAAGAAACAACAUCUGGCUUUGUCAGAUUUAGGGACAAUUUCCAUGUGAAAAUCCAUUGCUGAGACAAUGUGGUGGUUCUUCGGUAAGAUGGGGAGCAAAUUCACUUUGGUAAUGUUCUCUUUGUCCCUAAAUUAUGUGCUAAUAUUCUCAGUCUGGGCAGACUUGAUGAAGGAUGCAAGAUGAUCACGCAUGGGGGACGCUUGACCAUUUAUGACUAGGAUGGAGCACUCCUAGCAGAAGUUCAUCGCACGGAAGGGUGGCUCUAUUUACUCAAGCUCAAAAUGGAAGAAGAGUGUUUACUCACUAAAGAGGAUGAGAAUUCAAGUCGACUGUGGCACCGAAGGUUUGGCCAUUUGACUUUUCAUUCAUUAAGGGAAAUGUCGAGUAGAGCACUAGUGGAGGGACUUCCACUGAUUAGGGUACUUGAUCACAUCUGCCGAAGUUGCUUAGUAGGCAAGCAAUCUCGCACUCCAUUCCUUAAAGCAUCUGCUUACAGAGCUACUGAACCUCUUGAGUUGGUGUUAGCGAACAUCUAUGGCCCAAUUAGCCCACCCACAUUAGGGGGAAGCCAGUAUUUCCUCCUCAUUGUUGAUGACUGCUCGAGGCUAAUGUGGGUGGCUAUGCUCAAGCAUAAAUUUGAAGCAUUUAGUCAAUUUAAGAAGUUCAAAAUGCUGGCUGAAGCUGAGAAGGGGACAAAGCUCAAGUGUCUUUAGAUAGACAAAGGUAGAGAAUUUAAUUUUGAUGAAUUUAAUUCUUUUUGUACUUCUUAGGGCAUCAAAUGGCAGUUGACUGCCCCCUACUCCCAACAGCAAAAUGGAGUUGUGUAAAGAAAGAAUUGGACAAUUAUGUCCUUAGUCCGGAGCAUGUUGAAGGAAAAAGCACUACCUCAAGAAUUAUGGGGAGAGGCUGUAAGUACGGUAGUUUAUCUUCUUAAUCAGUCGUCUACUCACAAUCUGCAGAUGUUGACCCUUAAUGACAAGUGGAAUGGCAAAAAGCCCUCAAUUUAGCAUUUACAAGUGUUUGGCUUAAUUGUUCAUGUGAAAUGCACUAAAUCUCCACAAAAAAAGCUUGAAGAUUGCAGCACCCCUAUGGUGUUCAUAGGCUAUGAAGUUAGCUCAAAGGCUUACCGCUGCUUUGACCCGGUCAACGAUACAGUCCAUAUCAGCCGAGAUGUUGUUUUUGAAGAAGAUGCUCAGUGGAAUUGGGAAAAAAGAGGUGAGAAUAUUCUUGAGCUCACAUUUUUUCCUAAUUUUUUCUGCUGACCAAGGGAUGGAUGAGCCAAUUGUCCUCGAGGAUGAAGAUGAAGAGAGAGACUCUGAGACUUAAGAGUCAUUUCCGGUCGCACACUCGGAUUCUGAAGAAAUUCAACCUGCAAGAUUCAAGUCCUUAGCUAAAUUGUAUAGUGAGACCGGCCCAAUACGCUAUGAGAUGGGACAUUGCUUGCUUUCUAGUGAUGAGCUUGUGACCUAUGCUGAAGCUUCAUGAGAGGAAGCAUGGAGGAAGGCUAUGAGAGAUGAGAUGGAAGCUAUAGAUCAAAGUCAAACUUGGGAGUUAGUCACAACCCCAACUAGUUGCAGGCCAAUUGGGCUUAAGUGGAUCUUUGAGCUCAAGAAGAAUGCUCGAGGAGAAGUUUUGAGACACAAGGCAAGACCUGUUGUAAAGGGUUACUUAAAGAAGCAAGGCAUAGACUAUGAUGAGAUAUUUGCUCCAGUGGUUCAAUUUGAGACAAUUUGUGUGCUGAUUACAAUUUCAGCUCAAAAUAGUUGGGCAUUACAUCAUCUAGAUGUGAAAUCUGCCUUUCUAAAUGGAGAUGUGGAUGAAGAGCUACAUCUCAAGUAACUUGAGGGAUUUAUUGUGAAGGAUAAAAAGGGUUGUGUUCUGAAGCUGAAGAAAGCCCCACGUGUAUGGUAUUUCAAACUGCAUAAUUGCUUAGUCUCACUCGGUUUCAAGAGAAGCAAACAUGAGUAAGUUGUCUACUUGAAGUCUUCAAAUAGAGUUCACUUGAUCAUCGAAGUCUAUGUGGAUGAUCUUAUUGUCAUAGGUGAGAAUGAUAGUGACAUUAGUGAGUUCAAAGGUCAAAUAAAACAUUUCUUUGAGAUGAGUGACAUCGGGCACCUUUGCUCUUAUUUGGGCAUUGAAAUGGUUCAAAAAGAAGCUUGCAUUACUUUGUUUUAGAGAACUUAUGCGCUAACAAUACUGGAUUUUGCAAAGAUGGGCGAUUGUAAUCCAAUGCAAGCUCCACUUGAAGCUAGAGUCAAAUUUAGUCAAUCAAAUUCAGGGCCAUCAGUUGACUCUACCUACUUUCGAAGCCUCAUUGGAAGCUUAAGGUAUUUGACUCACACCCAUCCUGAUUUGACAUAUUUUGUGGGAUUUCUGAGUAGGUUUAUGGAGCACCCUACUUCAAAACAUCUCACGGCGAUCAAGUGA